AUGCACAAAAGCCUGUAUUUUUUCACAAACCAAAUUAAAUACCUUUUUAGUUUUAAUCUUGUACUACCCAGCAUGCUAAUUUCUGUUCUCGCUCUACUUGGUUUUACACUACCAGCAGAUUCAGGCGAAAAGCUCAAUCUAGGCGUUACAAUCUUUAUGUCACUUUGCGUGUUUAUGCUGAUGGUGGCCGAAGCGAUGCCGCAAACAAGCGACGCGUUACCGUUAAUAGGUAUAAUAGAAGUGUACUUUUCCUGCAUUAUGUUCGAAGUGGGGGCAUCCGUUGUUUGCACAGUCUUUGCGUUAAAUUUUCAUCAUAGAACGCCUGAAAGCUACCAUCCAAUGACAUCAUUGACAAGAAAGAUUUUGUUAGAGUGGCUACCAAUUCUGCUGUUCAUCGAACGUCCUCCGCCUUUUAAUCCAGAACAACUCAAUGGACACGUCGUCUCUGAAAGACGUAAAGAGAAAAGGUGA